GACCAGUUGAUGCUUUCCUGUCCUGGUCGCCAUUUGCAAUCCUGGGCCGCUUGACCUACACUGGCUACCUGGUGCAAAUGUCCGUGCUGGCAAUCAUACUGGAAAACCUGGAGCAGCCGCUUUAUCUGAACAUGUUUUCUUGUAUUGUGUAUGGGACGGUCGGUGUUGUGUUUACUUGCGUUCUUGCCGCCAUUUUGGCCAUAUGUGUGGAGAUGCCGACGCAAAGUCUGGAGAAAGUUGUAGAUUACAGAAGAAAAGUGUAA